CCGCGCGUUACCACGGCAACGGCGGCGGGAUGGCGUCCGAGGAGCGGGAGUGGAACAAACGGGCCGCCCGGCUGCGGGCCGAGCUGGAGCGGGAGCGGCGGCUGGAUGAGGCGCUGCGGGCGGCAGAGGAGAACAGAAAGCAGAGGGCGCUGCAGCUGGAGCGAGAGCAGAAGCUGGCGGCGGAGAUGGCCAGGAGGGACCUCGAGAAGAUGAAGGACGAGAAGCUCCGGCAGCAAGUCAGAGCCAACAGUCUUGAACUUCGAGAGUUAGAAAGAAAGCUAAAAUAUGCCUAUAUGAAUAAAGAACGAGAUGCACAGAUGGCUGAAAAAAAAGCUUUUUACGAUGAGAAACUGAAAUGGGAGGAUGAAAUAGCCCAAGAGAUGAAGGAAGAGCACGACAGGUUAAUGCAAGAAGAACUUGCUGCAGAAAUGAGGCGCAACCAGGAGAAGAUAAUGUACCAUCAGGAACUGGACAAACAGCUUGAGGAACAGGAGAGGAAGAAGCAGAAGGCCUAUGAAGAGUUUCUGAGAGAGAAACUCAUGAUUGAUGAGAUUGUAAGAAAGAUCUAUGAAGAAGACGAAAUGGAAAAACAACGAAAAUUAGAUAAAGUGAGAGAAACUCAGACAUAUAUUGAAGAAUAUAUAAAAGAACAAGCUAUGUGGAGGAGAAAGAAAAAGGAAGAGAUGGAAGAAGAAAAUAGGAAAAUUAUGGAGUUUGCCAACAUGCAGCGACAAAGAGAAGAUGAUUGGAUGGCUAAAGUUCGAGACACUGAGGAGAAAAAACAGAAAGUUCAAAACAUGGUUGCUGAGACUAUGGAAAGAGAACAACAGAAGCGUCAAGAACAGGAACAAAUCCGCCAAGAGCUGUAUCUGGAAGAACAAGAGGAGAUGGAAAGGAAGAAGGAGAUGGCAGAAAUUGAGAAGAGAAUAAGGCAGCGCCUGGAGUUAAGGCAAACCUAUGAAGAGCAGUUUGCUAUGAAGGCAGCAGCACAGCGAGCUCUGCGGGAGGAGGAGGAAGCCUUCCGCCAGCAGAUGUUGGCCAGGCUGGCAGAGGAGGAUCGGAUCGAGGAGCUGAACGCUCAGAAACGCAGGAUGAGACAGCUGGAGCACAAAAAGGCUGUGGAAGAAAUCCUGGAAGACCGUCGCAGACAGUUCAUUGCAGACAAAGAGCGUGAAGUUGAAGAAAGAGAGUUAGAGAAGAGAAGACAAGAAAGCAUCCGUGCAAUUGUUGAAGAGGAGAGGCAGAAACUCCUGAAGGAGCACGCCUGGAAACUGCUGGGUUAUCUGCCUCGAGGGAUACUCAAAGAUGAAAAUGACAUUAACAUGCUUGGAGAAGAUUUUAGGUUGGCUUACCAGCAGAGAAGAGGUAAUGAAUUAUCAGAAGAGAGCUGAACCUUUCCCCAGCUCAGCUCCUGCUUUGCCACUAGGUGUCAGCUGAUUCCCAAUGAAAACUUCCAUUUGCUGUUAACAGUGAGGAACUCCUUUUUAACACCAUUAAAAGUCUCCAUUUUAAGACCAAAGUUCUCAGCUGAUGAGCAGUUAGUUUUAUAUAGAUGUGUGCUGCACAUUUUUCAUCAAUAAACUGUUCUGAGUUCUCAGUUCUCAGUGGUGUAGCAAUGUUAGAAAUGUUUUCUCCAGCAGCACAGCAGAAACCAAGCUGGUGUAAAUGCACACAUGUAUUCCAAUAUGGACUACAGGAUUCUCUUCAUGCACUAGUUCUGGGGGGAAUGGGAAGAUUUGGCUGUACUGGCACUACACUAUGAUCCUAAUCCUCCUCAAAGUGGUAGAUCUGAGAUACUUUGCUGGUAGAUCUAAGGCAGAGACAUUGUUCCAUUCUGAGGUCAGAACCACUGUUUGUACCUUUCAGUGCAUAAACUGACUUUUUGUGCCAUGUUCCUAUUCACCUCCCCUGAGGGAGGAAUCCAUUGGAAUCACUGAGGUCUCACAGAGGUUCAUGGAAGCAGCACAGGCCUGUAUUGCUCCUGUUCAUUAGUGUACACAUGGUAUGCUCAGCUCAUCUACCCUUAAUCUUUUACCUAGUUCUUGAUUACAGUGAUGACUGGUGCUUGUAGAGCACCUGUGAAUAGUCACAGCUCCUGACUUAUCCCCAAGCAGCAGCUGAUGGCCAGGGAAAGGUUUAAUAUUUUCACCUUGACUAAAGGAGUCUGUCUGGGCAGUGAGGGGCAAGUCUCAUGUGUGGUUAUGCCAGCCAGGGGGGAAGAUGUAAUGACUAAAACAAGUUAUGAUCAUUUCUAUAAAAGAGCUGUUGGUGCUUAAAUUAGAUGCCAGACCAACCAGCUUUGAGGGGAGAUCUGUUACAGAGAACAGACAAGGCCAAUUUUCCAACCACGUGUUUUAAAAAGGACGUGACAUUUUCUUCUCAACUGGAUCACUGGUUAAUUUAUUUCUGUUGCAACAAGGAAUUUUCUGAGACUAAAUCCUGCCUUCUUUGGACUGAAUAUUACCAUAGAUAAGGUAUUGUUUUAAAUGCUAAAACAGAGCAAACUGAUUAACAAAGUUCACUUGUUGGACUAUUCCUUGCACGGUCUGUGCUUCUCUGCUAGUUACAGAAUGGACAGUUUGGCCUGACACUGCAGUAGAAAUUUGUAUUUCAUACAACAUUACAACCCAAGCUGUCAGGCUUACAAAAGUUAAACAAUUUAAACAUAAGCAAAAUCAACAAAAUCAAUUUGCUGGGAUAUACAGUUAUUGACUAUUAACAAGGAUUCAUAUACAGUCCCAAAAUAAUGUACCAUCUGAGUUGUCUUUCAAACAGAAGCUGUUUUUUAAUGGAAUCAAUAAUUUCCCCACUCAAGAGCUUUCAUGAAUUCCUCUUCAGUAAAAGAAAGCAUCUUGGUAGCUUCAAUGUGCAUCUUAAGAAAAAACAAAAAACAAUUAGGAGCAGAGGUAAAAGAGCGUGACCAAUACAAAAUCUUGGAUACCUGGGAUAGCUCAAAGGGGCUUCAAAUCUAUAAUUUGAUUUUUUUUUUUUUUUGGUACUGUGGUCUGAUGGAUGUUCACCUGUUCCAGCUGAAGCUGCUAAUCAUAUUUUUCUGCGAAAAUUUGUAGUGUAGGGAUGUGAUAAAUUUUAUGCUAAACACUAAGUUCAGCUCUAGUAAAAUAGGACUAAUAGCUUUUCCUAGUUCCUUAUAUUGCUUUAAAAAUAUCUCGGGUUUACUGAGGCAUGGAAAUGCCUGAAAAUCUAACAACUUGUGACCUCUGAAGAACACAUAAGGAAACUGGUCCAUGUUCUCUCAAGCUGAUCAAUAUGUGUAUUGAUCACAGCUUAACAUUAAAGUUAUUCCAAACCAAA